GUCCAUCCGUACUUGACAAUAGUUCGAGGUGGGCGGUCAUCGACGUAGCCACAUACAAGCGUCGGAAAGCAAAUGAAGCGCAUGGACAGCCCAUCUGUGCGCAGCAGUAAAGCAAGCUUCCUUGCUUGCGCGAUCAGCUUCCAUUGCACGGACCAGUGACUAUGUCGGCCAACGGCAGGAGUAGCAACAGCAGCACUGUCCAGUCGGUCACGAUCGAAUCGUUUGUGGAACGCGCCACUCCAGCCCCGGAACACAUCGCAUAUGUCAUCGUCGUCAAGCUGCCUGUGCAGUCCUGGAGAAUACUACGCCGCUACUCAGACUUUGCAUCGCUUGAGAAGCAGCUUCAAUCACAGCCGGCACCGCAAGGAGCAGGCCGGGCUGCCCCCGCACAACUUCCCCCCAAAAGGGCCGUACAGCAUACACUCAGCAUCCUCUCACGCUCCAAUACCAUCUCAUUACAAAAACAAUUAGCGGAAGGGCGCCUGCCUGAGCUGCGAGCAUGGCUCAAAGCAAUCUUGGACAGCCAGGAUCCAAUUUGGAGAAGUUCAUAUGCAUUUCGUCAAUUCCUGGAGUUGCCGAAAGACGCGCAGUUCCAAAUAGCGCAGGCGGACACGUCUGGCUACUCCUCCUCAUCGGCCAGUGCUGGAGCGCGAUCGUCAUCGCAAGCAAGUUCAUCGAUGACCAAAGGCGAAUCGCAUGCAGCCGCAAGGACAAGCUCGGCGCCACAUUCUUCGGGUGGGAUACGAAGGCUUGGCGCCCGGUCUAUGGAAGUCAGAGAGACGGACGACACCCGUGCAUUAGACAAUCCAGAUUUGUUGGCAUCGCAGGCCGCUCAGAUGGAUGCCCAAGACCAGCAGCUCGGCCGCCUAGCGAAUGUCCUUCGAAGACAGCGAGAGAUAGGGCUCGCAAUCAACCACGAGCUUGCGGAACAGAGCGAAUUGCUACAGCAGUUGGACACCGAAGUUGUCGUCAUGCAAGAAAAGGUGUGCAAGGGCGAGGACAAGAUGAAGAGACUCGGUGGAUGAAAUUAGGAAGAGACGGUGCUUUGCAGGCGA